UUCCCAGCGCGCGGUGCUCCCUCCCCAGUCUGUCAGAGCACCCCAGCCCCAGUGCGGAUCGACUGCUCCUGUGGGUGGCUGAGGGGCCUUUAAGAGGUCCUGUCCCAAUACCCAGGGACAGAUCGACAGCCCAGGGAGAGAAAGGAGUGGCUGUACAGAGCUCUAGACUUUGAGGCAUCUUAGAACUUCCUUGGGGGUGUCAGUCCUAGAAGGCUGCCUGGAAGAGGGGGUGGGGAGCAGGCUUGGGCUGGAGCUGUGCCUGAGUGCCUAGUCCUGAGGGAGCCCUAUGCUUGGCACCCAGGCUCCUUGGCCAAGGCUGGAGUAGGGAGGGACUGGGAGCAUGGGCUGAGAGUCUCAGCGGACCCUCUUACUAGCUGUGUGACCUUGGGAGAAUCACUGCCCUUUCUCUGAGCCUCCAUCUCUUCUUCUGUAAAAUGGGGAGACUAUGCUUAUCUAGCGGGGAAGUUGUGAGGAUGAAAGUGAAUGGUAAUUAUUAAAGUUCUCGGCAAACGCUAGAAGUCUGGGAGAAAGGGAAGGUUUAUCUUCAAGGGUGCUGGGGACCCUGGCCUGGCCUCUCAAGACAACAACAGAUGGUCACAGCUUGUCUGUGGCCCUGACCGCGGACACAGGCAGGGAUUUCUGUACUCUCCCCUCCCCCCAGCUGCUUGGCCAGCCUCCUGCUGUUUGGCAUUUGACAUAUGAGGAGUCCAGGGCCAGAGCACACCCCACGCCCCCUGCCACCCCCAUCCCAGAGAGGAGCCAGCCUGGCGGGGAGGCCUCACUACCUUUAGGAAGCAGGGUCCCAAGGGCCCUGAUCUCUUUACCAUGUGUCCGGUGGCCUUUGAUGGGAAUUCCAUCGCCCCUUUUGUCCUCUCGCAGAGGCCUGGCUGAGAGAAGAGAGAAGGAGGAAGAUUUUUUUGAGGGGAAAAAAAAAAAAAAAAAAAAAGACCAGGUGGCGUCCCUGGGGGCUGGGCUAGGUGUGCUUCAGCUCCAGCCAGAUCAGGGCUGGGUAUUUCCUCUGGUGCUCACAGACAUGAAUUCCUCUUCCAGCACGUCCACUUCUGAAGCAAUUCCCUGGCUUUGCCUCUUGCCACCCUCAGCAGCUCACGUGGGCUCAAAUUUAGUCACCUGCGUUUUUUCUCUUUAUUUGGACACAGAAGCACUUUUAACCCUCUUUGCUUAUCCAUCCAUCCAUCCAUCCUUCCAUCCAUCCACUCUGCAGAGCCUAUUAAGAACUCACUGUGUGCUAGGCACUGUCCUAGGUGCUUGGGACAUGACAGGGAACAAAACCAAGUACCUGCUUUCAUGCAGCUUUCCAGUGGGUACAAGAAGAUAAAGCAACACUAGGUCAGAUUAUGAUGCGUGCUACAGAGAACAUCAGGUUGGGGGGUGGUCAGGGUCUGAUGAGGUGACAUCUGAGCGGAGGCCUGGAGUGAGUGAGGGUGUGAGCUGUGCGGAGAUCUGGGGAAAGUGUCUCAGGCAUAGAGUGCAGCAAGGCUGGGGCCUCUGAGGUGGGAGGAAACCCAGUGUGUGUGUGUGUGUGUGUGUGUGUGUUGGUAGUGGUGGGGCAGUGAGGAAGCCAGUGUGACUGGAGGGAAGGCGCCAGGGGACAGGGGCGAGAGGGGAGGCCUGGAGGUGAGAAGCAGAUCAGUAGGAUGAGGUUGGCUACUGUGAGGACUCUGGCUUUUAUUCCCAGUGAGCUAGGAGCCUCUGGAAGCUCCUGGGGAGAAGAAUGACAUGCUCAGACAUGUUUUCAAAGGUCCUGUGGCUACCGUGUUGAGAUUAGAGAGUGGGGGACCAGAGUGGACAUGGCAGGGGUGGGGAGAUGGGAGGCUGCUGCCGUCCUCUGGGUGAGAGACGUCACUGGAGUGGUGCGAGGUGGUUGCAGUUUGGACAGAUUUGGAAGCUGGGGGCCAGUCUGAUUUGCUGGUCUGAGGUGUGAAAGAGAGAAGUUAGAGAUGACCCCAAGGUUUCUGGCCUGAGCACCUAGAAAGGAUGAGGCUGCCAUUUCCUGAGGUGGGGAAGACCUGGGAUGGGGGUGGCGGGUGGUGGGUAGGUCAGGGAUGGAUGAGAAAGUCAGAAGUUUGAUUUUUGGACAUGUCAAUUAUGUCCAUUAAACAUUUAAUUGGUGAGGGGUCAGAAAGAAGGUUGACUAUGCCAGGGGGGUGUGCUUGGUGGGGAACUAGGCUGCAGAAUCCUCAACGCACAGCCAAUGGUCAAGGCCAUGAGCCUGGAUGGGGUCUCCAAGGAAUUAGUGUGGAGAGAAGGCUCCAGGGACUGAGCCCUGGGCUCAGCAAGGCUCAGAGGGGAGGGGUGAAAGGAGGGCAUGAAAGAGGUGGAGGAGGAGAGGGGGCGGGCGCCCAGUGAAGACGCUUCAGGAAGGAGGGGGGAUCGGCUGAGCCCAGUGCCGCUGAGCUGAGGACUGGCCAUCAGACUGACCAUCAGAUUUAACAACACGCACGGAGACAGCUGGAGCGCUGGGUGUGAACGCCUGGUUGGAGGGCUUUCUCCAAGAGAGAAUGGGGGGGGAGGAAUCAGAAAUUGUAGUACAAGCAUCUUUUAAACCCUUUUUUGUUUUUGUUUUGUUUUUUAUUUUGGUAAAAAGCAAGCAGAGAGCAAUAGGAUGUAGCUGGAAGGGGAUCAAGAGAGUCUUCUGAGCUCCCCCGACCCCAAGAUAGGAAAGGGAGCAGCGUGUUUGUGGGCUGAUGAGAAUGACCCAGUAGAGGGGGACGUUGAUCAUGCAGGAGAGGGGAGACUUGAGGGAACACAGUCCCUGAGCGUUGAAUCUGGGCCCAAGAGGAAGAACAGCCUGUGUUCUUGUUGCCAGGAGGGACUUUCUCCAGCUUUCCCCAAAAGGCAAGGGGUUGGUUAGAGCUGGAGUGGCCAAGGAGGAUACUUGAAGCAGGAAGGACCAGCUGUGGGCCUUGAAGGAUGGGAAAAAUCUAGUUGGCAGAAGGAGGGCUUUCCAGUGGGUGGGUCUGGGUGAGCCAAGCCCUGUUGGCCGGGAGGAGCAAGGCUGUUUUCCAGGUUUCUUUUGGCUCUGACCGUCCCCACCUCCUGGCAUGUGGCCCCUUCCUCAUCUCCCUAUGGCCCUCCCCUCCCCCACCCCCAGCUCCAAGUUCUCCAUCAUUUCUCCAGCCAAGGAAUGAGUUUAGGGACAUGAGGGGAGUGUUCAGAUCUGCCGGGUGGACCCCUGCUCCCUUCUGGGGUCUGUUCCUCAAUUUGCAUCCUUGCCUUACCACAGCCUGUGGAGGUGGGAAAACACUGGCCGGAAGGGGGAGGCCCUCUUCCUGACCUCGGGCAAGCGGGACCUCCUCCCUGGGACUCAGUUUUAUCAUCUGUAAAUACUCUCUACUUAGGUGGGGUGUUGGGCAGUGAGUGAUGACAUGGAUGUGCCAGCACUCCCUGCUCGGCUCGGCCGUGAACACACCCCAGUGCUUUCUGUCUGCAGAGACCCAUUUUAGGUGCUGCUCUGAUCCCCCACUGAAAAUAGGCUCCACUGCUUCCCAACUUCCAGAAUUAAUUCUUUCCUUUUCUUUCUUGCUCUUUCCUUCUUUCCUCCUUUUUCUUUCUCUUCCUCCCCUUCUUUCUUCCUUCCUUCUUUUUAUUUCUCUCCAUCCCUCCUUCUUUCCUUCUUCCUUUCCUUUCUUUUCUCUUCCCUUCUUUCCUAUGGCCGUGACCACUUUCACCUUAGUUUCCCUGUGAGGUGAUAGAGUCUCCAGGAAGGGUUUGAUCUGGUUUCGCCCCUCUAGCAGUUGCUGCGCGGUGGCCGGCACUCUGAAGGUAAAUGCAAGUGUUUGCUGGCUGGACGGAAACAAGACAGUGAACCUGCAGAGAAUGGGCUGCAGCCCUUGCGGUGCAGAAUUUUUAGCUGCCUCUGGCCUCCUUUGAUUCAUCCCCUUAAACACUUAUUGAGCCCUCCCCAUGCUAGGCCAUGUCUAGGGCAGGGUGCUGGGAGUCCAGCUGCGCUGGGGGCUGCUCUCUGGCUGGACUGGGGGAACAGCUUUCUGGAUGGGAGGGUGCAAGGGUUGAGGCAGGUGACCCAACCUGUCCUCCAGCGUCCCAUGGGUGCCCUCCUUCUCCUCUCCUCUUGUAGUAACUGGGGACUGGCACGAGGGGGCAGGGCCCCGUGGAUGGGGGAACUGUUCCUUCAAGCUCUGCCAGGCAGCCAGAACCCCCCCCCCCCGCCCCCGGGGGGCACCAGUUGUGAGCAGGAGACAAAAAAGCCUGGGACAAAAGGCCUGUGGGAGCCGUGGGGAAUAGAUUAAUGAGAUUUCCAUGCGAGGCCCCACAAUGGGAUUCUCCACUCCAGCCCCUUUGUCCCCGGCUGAGAUAAUGGAGCCUGAGGAGCUGGCCCAGGAGGGCGACAUCGGCCCUUCUCCACACACAGGCCUGGAGCCGCCACACAGCUGCCCCUCCGUCCUGCCCCACCCCCAGCCCUGUGGGUCAGGGAAUUCUGAAGCACAGGACUUCUGUGAGAUAGGGAGGGGGUGUUAGGGGCCUCCUCAGGGAGUUGGAGGGGUGUUGACACUGCAUAGUUGGGGUCACUUCCCACCUCAGCCUGUAUAAAACGUAUUUAAAGGGUUCCUAGUGAGAGAAAAUUUGCUGUCUACCAUCUACACUGUCUCAUUUGAUGGAUGAAGAAAGUGAGGGCCUGGAGAGGUGAGGUGUCUUGCCCAUGGUCCCACAGGGGCAGCUCAGGGUGUGUGCUGACUCGAUGCCACCGUGGGGGUGGAGGCGUGUCUAAGGCCUGUGUGAGGGAGAAACACACUUCUCCUGCGUGCCCGCGCGUUCUCUCACCCUGCUUUACUUCUGACACAGACCUGUGGGUUUUCCACAUACCAACCAGUUCUGGGACACCAGCUGGGUAUUCUACACAUGUAACUCAGUUCUGACACAGGCUCCUGGAGGUGGCAGCAGAUCCCACAGGUUAAGGGCCCAGUCCCACAGGACUGCCCCCUCAGAUGCCAACCACCAGGCCAGGCUGUUACCUGUGCUUCUGACCAGUGGGGUGUAAAUCAGAAAGAAGUUCCCACAACCCCCUCAUCGGGUUCGAUUAGUUUGCUAGAGGGGCUCACAGAGCUCAAGAAACCAGUUUACUUACUAGAUUAAUGGUUUAUUAUAAAAGGAUAUAAGUCAGGAACAGCCGGAUGGAAGAGAUGCCUAGGGCAGGUAUACAGGAAGAUGCAUGGAACUUCCAUGCCUUUUCCCAGCAGCUACCCUCCCAGCACCUCCACGUGUUCACCAGCCCAGAAGCUCUCCCAACCCUGUCCUUUGGGGUUUUUGUGGUGGCCUCUUGCAUAGCCACCAGUGAUUAAACCAUUGGCCGCUGGUGACUGAGCUCAAUGACCAGCCCCUCUCCUUUUCCUGGGUGCGGGGUGGGGGGGGGGCGUUGCUGAAAGUUCCAACCCUCUAAUCAUGUCUGGUUCCCCUUGCAACCAGCCUUCAUCUUUAGGUUUCUUAGGAGCUUUCCAAAAAUUAUCUCAUUAACUCAGGUGUGGUUGAAAGGGGCUUGUUAUGAAUAACAAGACACCCAUUUCAUUUUUUUUUUUGGAACUUUUAUUGAGAUACAGUUAACAGACAAUAAACAGCAUAUAUUUAGAGUGUACAAUUUGGUAUCCCAACCUCCCAAUUCAUUCCCCCCCAACCCUCCCCCUUCCCCACUUGGUGUCCAUGCGUUUGUUCUCUACACCUGUGUCUCUAUUUCUGCCUUGCAUUUCCUCUUUCAUAGUUGUUAGCAUUUGCCUUAUGUAUUGAGGGGCUCCUAUAUUGGGUGCAUAUAUAUUUAUAAUUGUUAUCUCCUCUUCUUGGAUGGAUCCCUUGAUCUUUAUGUAAUGUCCUUGUCUCUUGUAACAUUUUUUCUUUUAAAGUCUAUUUUAUCUGAUAUGACUAUUGCUACUCCAGCUUUCUUUUGAUUUCCAUUUUCAUGGAAUAUCUUUUUCCAUCCCCUCACUUUCCAUCUGUAUGUGUCCCUAGGUCUGAAGUGGGUGUCUUGGAGACAGCAUAUAUAUGGGUCUUGUUUUUGUAUCCAUUUAGCCAGUCUGUGUCUUUUGAUUGGUGCAUUUAGUCCAUUUACAUUUAAGGUGAUUAUCGAUAUGUAUCUUCCUGUUACCAUUUUCUUAAUUGUUUUGUUGUUUUUGUAGAUCCUUUUCUUCUCUUCUGUUUCCCGCUUAGAGAAGUUCCUUUAGCAUUUGUUGUAGGGCUGGUUUGGUGGUGCUGAAUUCUCUUAGCUGUUGCUUGUCUGUAAAACUUUUGAUGUCUCCAUCGAAUCUGAAUGAGAUCCUUGCUGGGUAGAGUAUUCUUGGAUGUAGGUUCUUCCCUUUCAUCACUUUAAAUAUAUCAUGCCACUCCCUUCUGGCUUGCAGAGUUUCUGCUGAGAAGUCAGCUGUUACCCCUAUGGGAGUUCCCUUGUAUGUUAUUUGUCGUUUUUCCCUUGUUGCUUCUAAUAACUUUUCUCUGUCUUUAAUUUUUGUCAAUUUGACUACUAUACGUCUUGGCGUGUUUCUCCUUGGGUUUAUCCUGCCUGGGACUCUCUGCGCUUCCUGGACUUGGGUAGCUAUUUCCUUUCCCAUGUUAGGGAAGUUUUCAACUAGAAUCUCUUCCAAUAUUUUCUCGGGUCCUUUCUCUCUCUCUUCUCCUUCUGGGACCCCUAUAAUGUGAAUGUUGGUGCGUUUAACAUUGUCCCAGAGGUCUCUUAGGCUGUCUUCAGUUCUUUUCAUUCUUUUUUCCUUAUUCUUUUCUGCAUCAGUGAUUUUCACCAUUCUGUCUUCCAGGUCAGUUAUUCACCCUUCUGCCUCAGUGAAUCUGCUGUUGGUUCCUUCUAGUAUAUUUUUCAUUUCAGUUAUUGUGUUGCAUAUCUCUGUUUGUUUGCUCUUUAAUUCUUCUAGGUUUUUGGUAAACUUUUCGAUCUUUGCAUCCAGUCUUUUUUCAAAGUCCCGGAUCAUCUUCACUAUCAUUAUUCUGAAUUCUUUUUCUAGAAGGUUGCAUAUCCCCUCUUCAUUUAGUUGUUUUUCUGGGGUUUUAUCCUGUCCCUUCAUCUGGUACAAACUUCUCUGCUUUUUCAUUUUCUCUGUCUUUCUGUGGCUCUGGUUUUCAGUUCCACAAGACGAAAUACUGCUGAUACUGCUUGAUACUGCUGUCUGCCCUCUUGUGGAGGAAGCUAUCUAGGAGGCUCCUGCUUGCUUCCUGAUGGGAGGGACUGAUGGUGGGUAGGGCUGGGUGGGUGGAGCUCAGUAAGGCUUUAAUUCGAUUUGGUGGGGGGAACUCAGUAAAACUUUAAUCUGCUUCUCUGCUAAUGGGUGGGGCUGUGUUCACACCUUGUUGGUUGUUUGGCCUGAGGCCACCUAGCACUGGAGCUUACAGGCUCUUUGGUGGGGCUAAUGGCAGACUCUGGGAGGGCUCACGCCAAUGAGCACUUCCCAGAACCCCUGCUGCCAGUGCCCCUGUCUCCUCCAUGAGCCAUAGCUGCCCCCCACCUCUGCAGGCAACCCUCCAACACCAGCAGGUAGGUCUGGUUCAGUCUCCUAUGGGGUCACUGCUCCUUCCCCCUGGGUCCUGGUGAGCACACUUUUUUGUGUGCCCUCCAAGAGUGCAGUCUGUUUCCCCCAGCCCUGUGGAGGUCCUGCAAUCAGAUCCCGCUGGCUUUCAGAGUCUGAUUCUCUGGGAAUUCCUCCUCCAGUUGCUGGACUCCCAGGUUGGGAAGCCUGACGUGGGGCUCAGAACCCUCACUCCAGUGAAUGGACUUCUGUGGUAUAACUGUUCUCCAGUUUGUGAGUCACCCACCCAGCAUUUAUGGGAUUUGAUUUUAACGCAAUUGCGCCCCUCCUACCUUCUCAUUGCGGUUUCUCCUUUGUCUCUGGAUGUGGGGUGUCUUUUUUGGUGAGCUCCAGUGUCUUUCUGUCGAUGAUUGUUCAGCAGUUAGUUGUAAUUCCGGUGCUCUUGCAAGAGGGAGUGAGCGCACGUCCUCCUACUCCACCAUCUUAAUCUUCUGUGAUCCCAUUUCAUCUUUAUUGCUCUGAAGCUAUUUCCGGAACUGAGGACAAGAAACCAAAUAUAAUGAAGGAUGCUCCCAUCGCUCUUAUGCUUAGGAAAUCCCAAGGGUUUGGGGAGCUGUGAGUCAGGAAUACUGGACGGAGACUAAAUAUUGGGUUGGCCAAAAAGUUUGUUCGUUUUUUCCUGUACUGGGAAAACUGAAUGAACUUUUUGGCCAGCCCAUAUCUAUUUCUUAUUGUAAAUCACACUUUUACAGCCUGUGUCAGGCCUGAUGCACAGAGUGUCCUGGGCCUGGUCCACGGGCAUCGGAGAGGCCCACGAGGACUGAAAUCAGUGCAUUGAGUGCCUUGGCCAUUUGUAAAGGCCCAAUCACUUCCCUCUUCGAUCCUAGAAGACUUCCUACAAAUGAGGGGAGGGGUUUAUGGAAUUCUUUCCUCCUCUUCCAUCCAGCAAUUCUUUCUGUUACUAUUUAUUGAUCACCUAUGAGUUUGAAGGACUGCACUGUGUGUGGAGUCUAGUGGAGUUCCAGCCUCCAAGGGUCUGCAGAGAAAGAGCUACUUCAGGAGCCUGACCUCCUUUGUUCCCCAAAGGGUGCAGUUUCAAAAAGUGGCAUUUUCUCCACAGAGUCCCAGCCACCACCUCCAGCAAAGGCCGCAGACCCGAAUAAGGAACUCUCCACCCAGCCUAGUGGUAAAUGCUUAGAUGACAGAUGGCAAGUUUGCAGGGAAAGACACAGCUCUACUUGGGCUGUUUUGCAGUGACAGGAUACACAUUCUGCCUGUGGGGGCACAGGUGACGGGAUCCCCCAGCAGGAGGUGCUUCCAACUGCAGGUUUGAAGGGUAAACAUACAGCCCUUGAGGCAUAGCCACAUUCCCAGGUAAACACAGAAACACGCUUCCUUAGGGCCAAGGAAACGAGCCUUGGUGGAGACUGUGUCAUGGCCUCAGGCUCUCUCUGGCUGUGGGUACCCAGGGCUGGACCAGGGAGGCAGUGCAGCCAAGAAGUAAGGGCCUGGGCCCUGUAGUUAGACUGCUGGGGUCUGAAUCCUGCUCCCUGUGUAACAGCUGUGAGACCUUAGGGAUAUAUUAAUCUCUUUGUACCUCAGUCUCUCCAUCUGCCAAAUGGGGAUGAUAAUAGUAUUUCUCACUGGGCUGUUGUGAGGGCUACACAAGACAGUGCAUAAAGCACAGAGCAGGGGCUGCCCCUAGUGGGGACAGUGGGGAAAUGGCAUAAGGACCAGUCUGUCUUAUUAGAGCUGGAAGGAACCUCCCUCACGGAAGUCUCCACAUUCUCCCAACCCCAAGGGGAAGUGACUUGUUCAGAUUCACUCAGCAAGGUUGGACCACUGCUCAGGUUCCUAAUUGUACCAUUUAUCAUACUACUUUAUACCUGACGCUGGACUGUGUACUUGCGUUAUCUUAAAUCCUCAUGGCCACUUCGCAAGACAUAUAUUAUGCCCUUUAACAGUUGGAGAAAUUGAGCUUCAGUGAGGCCAGGCAGACUGCUCAGGCUCACGCCAUAAGUGUCUGAGCCUGGAUUCAAACCCAGGUGUCUCUGUUUCAAAACCCACACCUCCCCCUGAGUCCCUCAGGCCUUUCCUCGCAUCUAGCUUAGCUGAUGUAGGGACUGCAGUGUGCCCUAUGAACCAGGGAAGGAGGUGGGGUCCCUCUCCAGGGGAGAUCCCUCCUGCUUCUGUGGGAGGCUGACUAGCAGGAGCUUGGGCUGGGCUACAGGCGGGCCGGGUCGCACAUCUCUGUGUGAGAGGAGAGGGCUGUAAGUGGUCUGAGGGUGGGGGCAGGGAGAAUGCAUGCUCUAUCACUGCAGGUAGUGAUGCUUGAGGGAGGAAUGAAGGAGAGGGGCAAGAGAGAUGGGCUGGUAGUUAGUGGGGCUUAGGGUCAAGGAAGUUUUUUGGGGGAUUUUUUUGUUUGUUUUUUAAGUCUUCAUUGAAUUUGUUACAAUAUUGCUUCUGUUUUAUGUUUUGGUUUUUUGGCCCCAAGGCAUGUGGGAUCCUAGCUCCCUGGCCAGGGAUCAAACCCGUGCCCCUUGCAUUGGAAAGUGAAGUCUCAACUACUGGACCACCAGGGAAGUCCCCCAAGGAAGUCUUCAUGAAAAUGGAAGAGAAUUAAGCUUGCUGUGGGGAAGAGCCAGGCCAUGGUGGUGGGAAAGAAUAGUUAAUUAAUGGGGCAAGGUCCCAGCCUGGGCCAGAUGGGGUCGUGGGUUAGGGUGGAGGGACCCUCAGGCCUCCUGGCCUGCAAAAUGGAUGCAGAUGUAGAUAAAGGUGAAAAUAGAAGGCCAGCGGUGAGGGAGAUAUGCCCCUGGUGCAAAUGGAAGGGAACUGCCUAGAGCAGAAGGCCAGUAUCUGAGGGGAUUGAGGGUAGAGAUCAAGUGGGUAGGAUGAGCUGCGGAGGACAAAGGCCCCUCUGGGCAGGGGCUAGGAGAGCCUGGAAGGGACUAAGCCCAGAGCAGAUGAGACAGACAGGUGUGGGGCUGGGAGGACAGGUUUGGAGGGCCACAGGCAGGGGAUUCCUGGAGUCUGCAAUGGCUGAGGUGGAGUGGUUCAUUGUGGACCAGGGCCUGAAUGCUUGGUCUGGAGUGGGGACCUGAAUGAAGACUGCUGCAGGCCAGGGCAGGAGCUGGGGGAGAGGGGCAGGGAGGAUGCUGCAUGACAGCAAGGAGAAGCAGCAGCGGAUCUGGCAGUGGGUGAAGGAAAUGUGUGUGAACAAGUCCAGGCCCAGAGCCUUCCUUGCUGUGUCUAUGUAUGUCCUUCUGGGAGGGGCCACCCUCUUCCCCCAGCAUGCCCAGCUUAAUAAAUUCAGGGAAAGUGCUCUCAUCAAGGUCAAAUCUCUUUUCUCUAUAUUAAGGAUCCAAAGCACAAAUAAUGGUGAACAGAAAAGCAAAACAACAGGUUUGGGGUCCAUGUCAUAACACAAUUUUUGCAUUUGUAUGACUCUGAUGUUACCACAUAUGACUCGGCAACCAGAACGACCUGAGAUUUCUGAUGUCCCAGGAAGUUACCCCGACAAUAGGUGGCAGCGCCUGCUCUGGACACGCAUUCAUCAUGGGCAGAGUUGGGUCUGGAACCCAGGUGCUCUGACUUCAUCAGGCAGAGACUCAAAGAGACCAAGUAGAAAGGAACUCUGUCGAAGAUGCACUGGACACCGGAACACGCCCAGCCCCUCAACCAGUGGCCAGAGCAGCACCUGGACGUCUCCUCCACCACCCCGUCGCCGGCCCACAAGUUGGAGCUGCCCCCUGGCGGUCGCCAGCGCUGCCACUAUGCUUGGGCGCACGACGACAUCUCUGCCCUCACUGCCUCCAACCUCCUCAAGCGCUACGCGGAGAAGUACUCGGGGGUCCUGGACUCGCCCUACGAGCGCCCCACCCUGGGCGGCUACGGCGACGCCGCCUUCCUCAACGGCGCCAAGGGCGACACCGAGCCCUGGCCGGGGCCGGAGGCCCCUUACCCCUUGGCCUCGCUCCACGAGGGCCUCCCGGGAACCAAGUCGAGCAGCGCGGGCGGCUCCGGGGGCCUCGGGGGUUCCCCGGGUUUAGCCGGGAACCUGCCUGAACCCCUCUACGCCGGCAACGCGUGCGGGGGCCCGUCGGCGGCGCCCGAGUACGCGGCGGGCUACGGCGGGGGGUACCUGGCGCCCGGCUACUGUGCGCAGACCAGCGCCGCGCUGCCCCCGCCGCCCCCGGCCGCGCUCCUGCAGCCGCCGCCCCCGCCGGGCUACGGCCCCGCGGGGCCUCUCUACAACUACCCCGCCGGGGGCUACGCCGCGCAGCCCGGCUACGGAGCCCUCCCGCCGCCGCCCGCCCCGCCCCCGGCCCCCUACCUGCCCUCGGGCCUGGCGGCGCCCACGCCCCUGCCCACGCCCGCCCCGCCCCGGCCGCCGCCCUCCUCCUACGGCUUCCAGGCGGCCGCAGAGGCCGGGGUGUCGCUGAAGCGCAAGGCCGCCGACGAGGGCGCCGAGGGCCGCUACCGCAAGUACGCCUUCGAGCCGGCCAAGGCCCCGGCGGCCGACGGCGCCUCCUACCCCGCCGCGGACAACGGCGAGUGUCGGGGCAAUGGGUUCCGGGCGAAGCCACCGGGAGCGGCGGAAGAGGCGUCAGGCAAGUACGGUGGCGGCGUCCCCCUCAAGGUCCUGGGCUCCCCCGUCUACGGCCCCCAACUCGAGCCCUUCGAGAAGUUCCCGGAGCGGCCCCCGGCGCCGGCUCCCCGCGGGGGCUUCGCGGUGCCGUCGGGGGAGCCUCCCAAAGGUGUGGACCCGGGGGCCCUGGAGCUGGUGACCAGCAAGAUGGUGGACCGCGGGCCGCCAGUGCAGUGGGCGGACGUGGCGGGCCAGGGCGCUCUCAAGGCGGCGCUGGAGGAGGAGCUGGUGUGGCCCCUGCUGAGGCCGCCCGCCUACCCCGGCAGCCCGCGCCCGCCGCGGACCGUGCUGCUCUUCGGGCCGCGGGGCGCGGGCAAAGCGCUGCUGGGCCGCUGCCUGGCCACGCAGCUGGGCGCCACGCUGCUGCGCCUGCGCGGGGCCACGCUGGCCGCGCCGGGCGCUCCCGAGGGCGCGCGCCUCCUCCAGGCCGCCUUCGCGGCUGCGCGCUGCCGCCCGCCCGCGGUGCUCCUCAUCAGCGAGCUGGACGCGCUGCUGUCAGCCCGGGACGACGGCGCGACCGCCGCGGGCGCGCUGCAGGCUCCGCUCCUGGCCUGCCUGGACGGCGGCUGCGGCGCGGGGACCGACGGCGUGCUGGUCGUGGGCACCACCUCGCGGCCCGCGGCCCUGGACGAGGCGACCCGCCGGCGCUUCGCUCUCCGCUUCUACGUUACGCUGCCCGACGGCCCGGCCCGCGGGCAGAUCCUGCAGCGGGCGCUGGCCCAGCAGGGCUGCGCGCUGAGCGAGCGGGAGCUGGCCGCCCUGGUGCAGGGCACCCAGGGCUUCUCCGGCGGCGAGCUCGGGCAGUUGUGCCAGCAGGCGGCGGCCGGGGCGGGCGUCCCGGGGCUGCAGCGGCCCCUCUCCUACAAGGACUUGGAGGCGGCGCUGGCCAAGGUGGGCCCUAGGGCCUCGCCCAAGGACCUGGACUCGUUCGUGGAGUGGGACAAAAUGUAUGGCUUCGGACACUGACGGCGCUCCGGGAGGCCGCGGGAGCCGCCGCGCCCCUCCCCGUCCCUCGGUUCGGGGGGGACGUCUUUCACCCCACCGGACUGGGGCGUGCCGGAGUGAGGGAUGUGGAGUAGGGGAGAGAAGGGGGCUGCCGGCGGAAUUUUU